ACAAGGUUUGAUCUCUUUGGCUUUUGCUCUUGAGUUACAAUUUCGGAAGGUUAUCAUUUUAUUUAAAUAGCAUAACUUCUGUAAUUGUGAUAUUUCUGUUCUUAGCGAUGCAAAUAAGGCAAUUUAGAUUUCAUAUUAUUCAAGCCAGAGAACUAACCAUCAUAUUUGGAAUUCCGGGAUCUCGAUCAUUUUCAAAUUCAGCUAAAGAUUUGCCUGAACCUUUGAAACAUUUGAAAAUUACAGAAAAUGAAUAUCCUCUGAAUCGCUUUUUUAAAGCAAUUGCUCCCAGGAAAAAUCGAGUUCCUGAAAUUUUUAAAUAUAAUCCGUUCACUAUUUCACAACAACAGCUUAAUGAUAUGAAAGUUAAUUCUAAAAGGAACUAUGAAAUUUUUCAACAAAGGUAUGUUGAAGAGAGACAUAAAAUUUUAGGUUCUGAUCUUGCUGCUGCCCAUUUUAUUGUUUACCGUGGAGGUAAAAUUAAGUUUCGCGGUCAUGAAAAGUGGAUUGAAAUGAAGAAAGGUGAACAAGUUUGUACUGACUUAGUAAAUACUUAUGUUCCAAACUUAUAUCUUGAAUGCAUUGAUUUAUCAAACACUAAGAUCAGAUAUGAAGGACUUGUUAAUUUAUGUAAUUUAAUGAAACUAAAGUGGCUCAGUUUAAGAAAUUGUGAACUCGUAGAUGAUUGGUUUCUAGACAAGAUCAGUGGAGAAUUUGCAGAAACUCUUGAGUACUUGGAUAUAAGUGAUUGUUUAAAUGUGACUGAAAAUGGGUUAAAUGGUUUCUAUAGAUUUCAUAAUUUAAAGAAACUAGUUGUACAUAAUAUAGUUCAUAACAUUAGUUUUGAAUUUAGGUGUUUUUUGUUAGAAGAUACUAUUCCUGGAUUAACCAUUGAAGGUGUUAAAUAUUUGGAUGUCAAAUAAAUUUUAUCCCAC